AAAAUAUGAUCGAGACGUCGAACUAGUCGGCAAUCCAAGCUGGUUUGAGGGGAGCAGUACGUACGUAAAAGCUUCUCUGCAAUAUCGCCACCGUGGGCAUCACGUACGUUAAGGACGGAGUCAACAAUAUACGUUUCCGUAUUUAUUGACGAAAAAUCAAUUUUGACCAAAAACAACAUGAAUUUUUUUCUUUCAUUUCACCCGAUCCAUGAAAUUCGAGAUUCCUAGAAGCGCGUUCGGCAGACAGAUAUAGAGACCAGAGAGAGAAGCAGGACAACAAACAAGUUUAGUUGUUUUGAGAGACAGAGAGGAUUCGGGAUUCGAGGAGAGUCCGAGGAAUCCUCGUCCCUCUUUAAAACUUUGACGUGCCCUCUUCUCGUCUCUGAUCCACCAAUUUCUGGUGGGUUUCCCUUUUACGUGUUCAAUUCCUCUUUGCCCUUCUCCCCCAUUUUCCUAGGGGCAUUGAGGGAUUGGAUUCGGCUGAUAGAUAGAUUGUUUGUUUCGAUUUUGAGUUUUGUUGAUGGGUUUGUGAUUUAUGCAUCAUUGUUGCGAGGGUUUUGAGUGAUUGCUUAGUUUGGCGGGGUUGGCUGGAUUUCUUUGGAUGUAUCUAGUUAUCACCGAGGAGCAGGAUCGGCUUGUGAGCGUGCCCGACUCGUUUCUGGGUGUUCUCAGGCCAUUUGACCUGAACUUUCUUCGCAAUACCUUUCUUUUUUGCUGUUCGAGAGAUAGAUGGGAUAAGGAGUUGUUCAUACUUCAGGCAGGAUAAAUUUCAUAAUCGAAUUUGUCGAAUUCACAAGGCGUGUGUUUUUCUGCAUUUCUUUUUGUGUGACAAAGUUUUGAGUCUUUGAGAUGGGUUCUUCUGCGCAAAGAUCAUCAACCUUGACCACAAAUGUGGCGGAUUUAGUUGAUGCUUCGGCUAACCGGCCUGAGGUAUCGUUAAUUGAUAGCAUGCCUGUGUAUGUUAAAGAGCUGAUUGCUGGAGGGGCAGCCGGGGGAUUUGCUAAGACUGCCAUUGCGCCGCUGGAACGGACCAAGAUACUCUUGCAGACAAGAGCAGAGUUUCGUUCUCUAGGGGUAGGGCAAUCCUUGAACAAGGUGCUAAAGAAUGAAGGUUUUCUAGGAUUCUACAAAGGAAAUGGAGCUAGUGUUGUUCGAAUUGUUCCAUAUGCAGCCUUACAUUACAUGGCAUAUGAGCGGUAUAGGUGUUGGAUCUUGGAUAAUUAUUCUUCUCUAGGAUCAGGGCCUCAUAUUGAUCUUUUAGCUGGUUCAGCAGCUGGUGGAACGGCAGUUUUAUGCACUUACCCCUUAGACCUGGCUCGCACCAAACUUGCUUAUCAGGUAGUUAACACCAGAGGAAACUUCAAUUAUGGUAUGAAAGGUGUUCAUACUCAAAUCUCUUAUAAGGGCAUAGGAGAUGUCCUGUCUAGUGUCUACAAGGAGGGAGGCUUGCGUGGACUUUAUCGCGGUGUAGGCCCCACCCUGACUGGAAUCCUCCCUUACGCUGGUUUAAAGUUCUACAUAUAUGAGAAACUUAAAAGCCAUGUUCCUGAGGAGUAUGAAAAGUCUAUUGGGAUGAAACUUUCCUGCGGAGCUUUGGCUGGCUUAGUUGGGCAAACCUUCACAUACCCAUUGGAUGUUGUUAGGAGGCAAAUGCAGGUUGAGAAUCUGCAGCCUUCAGGGGGUGUCAAGUACAAAAACACAAUGCACGGGCUUAAAUAUAUUAUCCGCAAUCAAGGAUGGCAAAAGUUGUUUGCAGGCCUGAGCAUUAACUAUAUCAAGAUUGUCCCUUCUGUCGCGAUUGGUUUCACAGCAUAUGACGCAAUGAAAGUUUGGCUCCACAUUACGCCCCAACAGAAGUCCCAACGAAUAACUGCUUCAUAAUCAGAGACUCAGAAUCUGUAACACAUGUUAACUUCAAAUAUAUGGCAUCAAGCCAUCAAUAUUGAGCUAAUACAACUGUUCUGUCUCUCAAUCAAGAGGUGCUGCUAAAUGUACCCAGCAAAUUUUAAGUAGACCCAGGUGUACCCAGCAAAAUUAUACAAUUUCUAACUACACCCAGCAACUUGCCAAUAAUACUCUUCUUUAAUCACACCCAGCAAAACCCACACCCAGAACUCACACCCGGCAAAACCUGUAUUCUCUUGCUUGAGUUAUGAUCAUUUAUGCAAAGCCUCACGCCAUUUUGUUUGUUUGUUGACAGGUUAACACCAUGUUUUGUUCUGAUUCAUGAGUAGUGUUUUGUUUUGCUCUGGUUUCAGUCUACUUACAAUUAUGAGAGACUUAAUCAGUUUGAUAUGUUAAAGGAUGCUUAAGUUAUUUG